UCACAUAUGAUUUUCGAAAGCACCCAACUGUAUAUCUACACGAAUGGUAUAAAUUUUCGUGCAACCUAUUCGACAACACAACAUUCAUGCGGCGGCACAAUAACAGCGGCACGUGGUAUCCUGACAUCGCCCAACUAUCCCUUGCCCUAUGCGGGAAAUAUUGAAUGUAUUUGGACGAUAACAGCCAAAUUGGGCAAUACUAUACAAAUCGAAUUCGAUGAUUUAGAUAUGGCCGCGAGUGAACAUUGCAAUGAGGACUUUUUGGAGAUACGUUCAUGGUUGGGCUCAAAGGCCUUGGCCAUAUAUUGUGGUAACGCUGUGCCGGAAGAAAUUCUAAAAUCAAAAGAUUCCAUGUGGCUCAAAUUUCGUAGCUCCGAGGGAAGCAGUGGCAAAGGUUUUAAAUUGAAAUGGAGUUAUGCUCAUCUUACCGAAUAUGUGAAUGAAACAAGGGGUCUCAUAGAAUCACCUCCCACAUCAUUGCUGCGUAAUGAGGAUGAGACUUUUGCAUGGCGCAUCUUGGUUCCAAGGCAGCAGUUUGUGGCAUUGUAUUUUAAAACCUAUCUCGAUGGCUUGAAGCUCUACGACGGCUAUGACUCUACAGCUCUGCCCAUCGAAAUUUCCGAUGCUCCCUGGCGUUUUGUAUCCAGCUCGAAUGUCCUGUACUUCGAAACUGACAUUGAAACCCAAUUAUUUUCAAAUAUCAUGGAACACCACAAAUGUGACAGUUGUCGACUCGAAUGUCACCACAUCCAAGUGUCACGUGGAUAGAUUGAUAAAAC